UUGGAUUAUUAUGAAUGAAUGAAGUCCCGGAAAUCAUACGAUAAGCAAUUUCGUAUAAAUACGAAUAAAGUUAAUAAUAUAUAUAUUGUUUUCAAUUAAAAACGUUACCUCUUAGUGAUAAUGUUGUGUAGAACAAUUAUUCAGUCUGAAAUAACUCUAUGCCACAGAAUUUUUGCUAGAGGUUUAGGAACCAGGUCAUCAUGGGAUAUUGUAACAGGAGUAUGUGUGGAAAGAUUACCAGUUGUAACUCCUCCACUGAAUGACAUCCAGAAAAAAUACAAGGAUUUGCUAUAUACUUUAGAAAUUGAGAAGAGUAUGAAAUCCGCUCAUGAGAUCAGACAUGAGAAUGACAAAGUACAAGCAGAGCUUCUUAAAAAUGAAUCAGCAGAGGUUGAUAUGGAUGCUGUCAGUAAAAUCACAGCUCAGGACAUGGAGGAUGCAGCCAAUGAAGAGCUGGCUCAAUUCCAGUUUGCCAGUAUAGAGACUGAUGCUGACAAAAAAGGUGAUCAGAGCACCACAGAAAGGUGUCUCCAAAGGCACUUAGUACUGGUCACUCCUAUUAAACUGGGCUCAGAUGUGAAGACAUUAUUACCACAAGGGUUGUGGAAAGAAGGAGAAACACUGAGGCAGACUGCUGAAAGAGUGGUUCAGGAACAAUGUGGGCCUGAGUUAAAAGUACAAUUUAUUUCAAAUGCACCCUGUGGGUUCUACAAGUACAAAUAUCCUUCAGAAAUUAAUGGAAAAGUUGGGGCUAAAGUAUUCUUCUACUACGCUAAUUAUAAAAGUGGUAAACUCACGAAAACCAAAGGCAACUGGCUGAACCGAUCAGAACUGGAAAAACUAUUGCCAGAAAAAUAUAGAAAAUCCGUUAAUGAGUUUUUAAUUGAAGAAACAUACUGAUAGUGUACAAAAAGAUGUAGUAAUAAAAUGUAUUUGUAAUUAAA